ACUUUUCAAUCAUCUAAUCCAGCUGAACAUGAAAUCUUCAAUAAUACUACACAAAAUACAAAAGAAGGAUUUAAAAGACUCUUUGAUGGAUAUGAAAUUGGCAAAAUGCGACUUAAAAAGAUUUAUCAACAAGAUAUUGAACAUUCGAUGAUAUGA